GUUUUAAUAUGCCAAUGAAGCGAAUGAAAGGAAACUAUAAAAUAUAACUAGUCUCUUUGUGUAUCUUCACAUCACCAUUUUUACAAAUUAUAUAGACUUUUCCAUUUUUUGACCGAAUGGCUCCCGUCUGCCUCAUCCCCAGCCUUGUUGUUGUUGCUUGUUUUGGUUACUUUGCUCGAUGGCGGCCUGUCGUCUGCUGGACAGGCCCAACUUUGAUGUUGUUGAGAAAUAAUGGAUACUAUCCUGUUAGUGACAAGUCACACACGCUAUUUGCCAAAAAAUGGCUUACAGAAUAAAAAAUCGGUAUAAUUCCUUGACCAGCCACUAUUAAGUAGGGCUUAGACUCUCAAGGCCGCCAGAUUGGAAGAGUCAGUUCGGUUUGACAUUUUUAACCAUGGCUAUGUUUCAUCCAAGAUGUGGCCGAAGAAUCACAUUAUUUGAUGACAAUCGUACGGCUGUUAGGAAUUUCAGUGAAUUUAAUUAUGGAUUGGUUUUGAGUAGUCAGCCUUUGGCAGAAAAUCAACUAUUUGAAGUUAGGAUUGAAAAGAAGAUUCUUCCUUGGAGUGGUAGCAUAGAAAUAGGGGUGACAGUAUGUGAUCCAGAAACAAUGGAUCUUCCAGCAUGUGCAACAGAUUUGGGAAACGGAACAUGGAUGAUGUCAGGCAAUUCCAUUCUGAAAGAUGGUCUUUCACUUGUAGAGGUUUAUGGACGAAACUUGGAUAGUCUUGUUGAGGGAGACUGUUUGGGUGUCAUGCGAACUUCGAACAAUGAUCUUAUUUUUUAUGUGAAUGGAGAUUCUCAAGGGGUUGCUGCAACUAACAUUCCAUCUCGGGUAUUUGCUGUAGUUGAUCUUUAUGGCAAAUGUGCACAGGUGUCCAUUGUUGAUAGUUCAAGAGAUCGUGAGUUUGAAUUUGAUGGUUCAAGUGAUCAAUCAUUCAUUGCUUCUGUCACCAAUAUGGUGGCCAAUAUUAGUUCGGAUAGAAGUGCAGGGAGUGGUGAAGAGGUUGAUGGAGAUUCUGAGAGUAACACCAGUCGUAACAGCAUAGGAUUAAGCAUGGAAAGAACUCAAACAUCUAGAUCUUCCUCCUAUCAAAAACAAAUCUCUUCUGACCGACUUCGCUUUCAUACUCGAUGUGGGUCUCUUGUAAAACUUAGUUUCAAUGGUAGGACUGCCGAAAGAACAAGACCACUUGAUGAAUUUAAUGAUGGUGUUGUAAUGACAAAUCGCACCCUCCGUCCAGAUGAACUCUUUGAGAUAAGAAUUGACAGACUUGUAGAAAAGUGGUCUGGAAGUAUUGAAGUUGGUGUCACAACACAUAACCCUGCCACUCUGCAAUUUCCUGCCACAAUGACGAAUAUGAGGAGUGGUACAACCAUGAUGUCAGGUAAUGGGAUUUUGACAAACGGUAAAGGCACAAGACGAGAAUAUGGGGAAUUCAAUCUUGAUGAGCUCCGAGAGGGGGAUAGAAUUGGUAUGGUACGGAAAUUGAAUGGAGACCUGCAUUUUUUCAUCAACGGGCUUGACCAAGGAGUAGCUGCAAACAAUGUCCCUGCGUGCAUAUGGGGGGUUGUGGACCUUUAUGGAAUGACUGUGAAAGUUACUAUUGUAAAUCGUGAUGAAAGAGAGGAACAAAACCUUAUGACCCGUCGUAAUACCUCCUUGAGAGAUCAACAGGCUUUAUAUGCUCUAAAUGAUGUACCUGAAGAGGAUUUUUCGGAUCGUCUUCAGUUUCACCCAAGGUGUGGAACUCAUGCAGCUGUAAUCAGAGGAAACCGAACAGCACAUAGGCCAAAUGCACUAGAGGAUUUUAACAAUGGUGUGGUGCUUACUAGCAGACCAUUGAGAGCAAAUGAGCUUUUUGAGGUACGACUGGACAAGAUGGUUUCAAAGUGGGCUGGUUCUAUAGAGAUUGGAGUGACAACAUACUGUCCCACUGAAUUAGAAUACCCUGCCACUAUGACCAAUAUUAGAUCCGGUACUUGGAUGAUGACAGGGAAAGGAGUGAUGCAGAAUGGAAUAACAGUUAUUGAUGAAUAUGGAAUGAAUCUUGACACUCUUCAGGUUGGAGAUAGAGUUGGUGUUAUGCGCAAUGAAUCAGGCACUUUGCACUUUUACGUCAACAGUGUUGAUCAGGGAGAAGCAUCAACUAAUGUCCCUCAAAGGGUGUAUGGUGUGAUUGAUUUAUACGGUCAAGCAUCACAAGCUACUAUAGUUGACAUGGACUGUUCCCCUGACACUGCCCACUCAAGUAUAUCCAAUGCUACUUGGCCAUACAGUGAUCUUCGAUUCUAUCAUAUACAUGGAAGAAAUGCUCGCAUAUCAAAUAAUGGGUUUACAGCUUCAAGACCAAGGGCAUACAGUGAAUUUAGUGAGGCUAUAGUUAUCUGCAAUCGGCCCUUGCGAGAUGGAGAGUUAUUUGAAGUUGUUAUUGAGAAAAUUGUUGAUAGAUGGUCAAGCUCAAUUGAAGCAGGAGUUACUGCACUUCGCCCAGACGAAUUAGAAUUUCCAAGUACAAUGACAGAAAUUGACCACGACACCUGGAUGUUAUCAGGAUCAGCGUUGAUGCGUGACGGCACAGUGCGAAAUAUGUAUUCCUGUGAUUUAGAUACAUUGCCAAUUCGAACACGUCUUGGCAUGAUGCGUACUGCUGAUGGGGUUUUACAUUAUUAUGUUGAUGGUGCAGAUCAAGGACCUGCUUUCGAAGGACUACCCCAGUAUGUAUAUCCUGUCAUUGAUCUCUAUGGGCAGUGUGCACAGGUUUCAAUUGUUUCCCAUGGAGACACUACUCAGGGAUCUGUGGCUCUGCAGUGCUUGAGUGAAAACAGCUGUUCCCAACAAGCUCAGCUCACUCAACUAAGCCAACAUUUGCAUCAACAACAGGAUGCACCAAUGACUGACAAACAACCGCCUCCAACUCAUACUCUACACAGAUUCAUACCAAUAUGCGGGAAAAAUGUGAUUCUUUCAAGUGAUAACACGGCUGCAGCAAGAAGGGGACGAACUUACAAUCAUGGUCUAGUGUUUUGUUCAGUCCCACUUCACAUUAGUGAAAUCUUUGAGGUACAAGUUGCUGCAUUGGCUCUUCAUUGGGCUGGUUCUCUAGCUAUUGGUCUAACUACUUUACCAAUAGAAAGCAUGCGUGCAAGAAACCUUCCCGAAUGCAUUGGUGUUAUUGAUUCAGAUACAUGGUACCUCACUGGAAAUGAAGUUCGCAAAAAUAACACAAUUCUAAAAGUCAACUAUUGUCACAGUUUGGAUUGGCUUGCUGUUGGAAAUAGAGUUGGAAUUAAAAGAACUCCUGACAAUGCUAUCCACUUUUUGCUCAAUGGCAAGGAUAUGGGAGUGGCUGCUGUGUAUGCUCCAAGACAAUACGAAAAUUUGUAUCCAGUGCUUGAUUUGUAUGGGUCAGUGGCAGCUGUGGGGGUCACUAGUUGUUCUCUGCCAGCUGCACCACUAGCCAUGGUUACUGAUAUGACCGCCACAUCUGCCCCUAUACGGCUUGCAAGUGGUGAGUCACCUCUUGGUUCACCAACAGAUGACCAGGUUGGAGAUGACUAUUCACAGCACUCGAGCAGAUUACAUGAUUCUCUGGAAAAUAUCUUCUUAGAGCAAAGGAGAAGUAGUGAAGUUAGUGAAGCAAAAGUGUUAGAGCAGCCUGAGGAUAGUCUCACAAGUCUUUCUAGUCCACAAUGGAUCCCAUCUGCAGAUAUGUUGGAUGACACUAUUGCUAUGGAACUUCAUGAUAUCCAUGGGCUUAACUUGGUGCUAGGAGAGGGUCGUCGUUCUGCAAGAAGAAUUUUAAGCUACAAUAAUGCUGUGGUUUUGACAGCUAGGCCAAUUAUUCCCAAUAAAACUCUUCAGAUACGUUUGGAUCGGCUGAAUCCCCAAUGGGUUUCAUCAAUUAUGUUGGGUGUUACAUGUCAAUUUCCAGAGCAAGCUUUUUCAUUGCCACCCACUGCUCUUGGAUUUAAACAAGACACAUGGGUUUUAUCUGGUGAUUCUGUAUAUCACAAUGGAUCCAAGGCCCGAGGGCGAUGGUUGUUCAAUCUUGAUACUUUGUCAGUUGGUUCAAUAAUUGGACUGAGAAUUGAUGCCGCUGGACUGCUGUUUGUAUCGCUUAAUGGUCAAGAUACAGCUACUGUAGCUACGGACCUACGUCCAGCUGUUGAUGCAUGCUAUUUUGUAGUUGAUGUUUAUGGCCAGUGUGAAGAGGUGUCGGUGUUAGGUGCUGUUUCAAAUUUAGAGCGAAACAUAGCUGCAAAUAACUCUACAAAUGCUGCUAUUCUUGCUUCAUCUAUGGAUUGCUUGAGUAUACUACAACCUGAUUCCCUAGGGGAAAAGGCUGAUUUAGAAACUCAUGAAAAAGACACCUCUGUACCCCCUUUAGGUGCUACUCAAACUCCAGAUGACAACUUGGUGUUGACAACACCAAAUCAAAAUGACAUUGCAAACUUAACUCUAGUCCACCAGUCCUCACAUAUAUCAGCAUCAGGACUUUCAAAUCGUAAUUCAUUUUUUCUAGCUGAUGGUCAGAGUGCUCAAAGCUCUAAUAGUUCCAACUCCUAUUUAUGUGGUAGUGCAGUUGCAUCCUUUAGCUAUGGCUGUAGUCCAACUUUAUCUGGCCUGAACUCACAUACUAAUUUAAAUGGGUCAUCAACAAAUUUUAUCUAUGCUUUGUCAAAUGUAUGUGAUGGGAACAAUUCAGGAUCAAUACUUAAUAAUUGGAUUAGUGGUAGCACUUCUCUUGCUACAACAUCUCUACCAUCAUCCCCUGCAACACCAGUUAUUACUCCUUGCCAUGCCCUCAAGAGCUAUACAAACUGUGGUUAUCUGCAAGCAUGUGGGCGUUUCACAAAGUUUAUAGGCCUUCCAGAUGGAUUUUUUGUUAGGGAAGGGAAAAUGUGUUACUGUGUGGACUGCACACCACAAAAGGUUGGAGAGGAGGCAUUCCUAAGAAAAGGAGAUCCACCGGUGAAAUACUCAGUGCCUACAGGGUGGUGCCGUUUUCCACUGCGGCGGCGAUGUGUUGGAGACAUCUAUGAAAAUUGGCAUGUUGCAUAUCAUGGCACACGUGUGUCAAAUUUAAGGCGCAUUUUAGACAGAGGUGAAUUGCUAAUGCAAGACAACCUUGGUCUAACUGUCUCAAGUAGCGAAAAUCUGAAAAGCAAGGAUGAUGAUACAAAUUCUGCUGGAUCUCCUCUGAUCUUGUCCCCAUCCAUAAAGUUUGCUGCAGCAUCUGCCACUAAACAUGAGUUUGUUGAUCCUAAAACUAGAAACAAACUCCUAGUACAUGUUGCAUUUCAAGUCUUAGUCCGACCAGGUUCCUAUAAAGUAGGCCCUCCCUCUAUGGAUGGAGUAACUCACUCCAUUGAUCCCCAUUUGGAUCCUGACUCUUCUGAAUGGGUAACAAAAGAGAGAGGAGCUACUUUACUGCAAGCUUUACUUCUUCGGCUAGAAGGCUUAGACUAACCUGAAACUAGACAAAGCUAAAAUUGUGAGCCUCAAUCUGUAUCCAGUUCUCUAAACCAUUCUCAUUCACCGGUUUCUUCAGGUGGGACGGGACAGGGGAGAUUUUGCUGUAUUUGCUUACAUAUAGGCAGAUUGCAUUGCCAACUGCCUCUAUCAGGCAUCUUAUAAGGGCGUGUAUGACCCUCUCCCGGAUCCCAUCUCUGGAUUGCCACAUGGGUCAUUGGUUAAUACUCCAUGUAGAGUAUAAAUAUGAGGUGUAUUUUUGUCAAGUUCUUAAAUACUUAAUCCAGAGCUCAAGAAAAAGCAAUUUUCCUGUUUGAAGAAUUUCAGCGCUGUUAUUUCUGUUUUGUUUGUGUUGCGUAAUAAAAAGCUAAAACUGUAAAUACUUCUUUAGCUUUUAUAAAUAAUUUAUUUGUUUUCCUGCUUUACAAUAGUGAUAUUGUAGUGUAGUCAAGCUUUUUAUAAUCCUGGCCAUUCUGAAGGGUAUGGUUUUACUUAAAGGAUAGCAUCACAUAGAUUUAGAUAUGUUUUACUGACUGAUUGAUUGUUAGGAACUACUAUUUGUUAUUGUUGUUGAUUUGUCUUGUGCCUUCCUCUUUUCUUUCUUUAAUUUCAUAUUUUUGUUUUCCAUUUUAAAUCAUUACGAUGGGCCUGAAUUUUAACAAAUACAUACUAAAGGAAUUGAUUGUAGUAGUGCUUCUUGUUCAUGUUUUUUUUUUUUCUUUUCCAUCAUAGAUAAUCAUGUUGUGUUUAAUACUUCUUUAGGGCAUUUCUGACUUUUCUUUCUGGGAUGCAAUUUUAUUCUUUUCAAAAAGAUAUUGCUACCAUCUCAACUUGUUUAGUGUGUUAAGUUGUAAGGAAACCAAAGUUACCAUGUGUGUAUAUGUGAUCAUCUAAUUCCCCCAUCAACCCUACACAUGUUUUUUGAUACAUAACAUCAAUCAACUCUCCUCUUUAUGUUCUCAUGCAUUAAUUGAUAAGUACUCAUAAUUGCAAAAUUUUGUUGCAUUGUCAUAAUUUAUAUUUGAAACUUUCCUGUCUAAGAUAGAUCAUGCGUCGUUGAGAGUAUUUUUGAGUAUGGUACUUCAGGAUAUUUAGUGAUUUGACAUAUAUUUUAUGUCUCAAAAUUUCCACCCAUGAUAAAAUGGUCACUGGCCUACUGAUAAAAAAUAUUGUGUAAAAUGUUAUUCAGAAUAAGUUGUCAUCUUCCAGGCAUUGAUCUAGAAAACUGUAAUUUUAUUAUAAUGGUUGUCAAUUUCCCUCAUUUGAUGCACUAUUGUCCUACUGUAACAAGAUAAAUCUAAAGGUUUGAAAUUGUGUUGAAUGACCACAGGACUCUAGAGCAGCCCAAUAUGAAGGGCUUGGUAUAUCAUCAUUUUAAAAUGUUCUUACUUGGUUUGCCAAUUAUUUAUAAUGUGCUAUAAUGUGCUGAGACAUUAAUGUGAUAUGGAUAGAAUACAUCACAACAGCCUCAAUUUUUAAUUUUGGUCUUGCUUUGGCAAAGUACUUGUUUGUAUUUACUGUACCUGAAGCUAAACUUACAAACUUAACUCAAAUACAGAAUUUAAUAUUUUCUUUUCAUAAACAAAGUACAGUGAGUCUUUUCAUUUUUUUAAAAAUUGACUGGGUAAUGAACUUAUCCAGCAGCAGUCUACUAUUGUAAUUGGAUACAUACGUCCAUUGAAUAAACAAAAUAAAUUAUGAUUUCACUAAAUAAUU